AUGGAUCAAAUUCCGGGUGCACCCCCAAUGUUAAAAGGAUCGGACUCAAGGAAGUAUACUCAGUUGCUGUUCAAACCAAGCGCGACACCAGAAUUGAUCCUGAAACGAUUCAAAAUGUCAAACAUGCCAAAGUAUGAUGGGACUUCAGAUCCCCAGGAGCACAUCACUACCUAUACAACGGCGGUGAAGGGUUACGAUUUAGCUCCCCAUAAGAUUGAGUCAGUCUUACUGAAGAAAUUAGGGGAGACCCUUACGAAGGGAGCCCUGACAUGGAAGGUACAUGUCCGAAAGGCCGACAUAUUCAAGAUUACACAAGGAGAGUCAGAAUUGCUAAUGGAGCUCGUGACCAAAUUUCAAAAGGAAAGGAUGCUCCUACCGGCCUUACGGGAUGAAUGUGCAGCUGAAGCAUUUACUAAAACUUUGAAUCCGAGAAGUUCUUACGCUUCCUGGAAAUGGAAAGAAAGUUUGCUCGAUUUCCAAGCAACAACUUGGGUGGAUGUUCACAACCAGUAUGAGUCAAAUAUAAAAAUUAAGGAUGAUCAGCUCGGUUUCUCGGUGUCGGCCAAUGGUCAGGAUCGGGAGAAGAAUAAAGAGAAAUUAAAGGAUAAUUUCGACACAGAUCGACGGUCUUCAAGGGGCCGAGAGGAUGCUACAGAGGACAAGGAGAUAUCAGGGUCUCUAGAUUCUUCCUACCCCAGGCUUUCUGAAUACAACUUCAACGUCAGCAUAGUGGAGCUGGUGUCGGCUAUGAGGAACAUUAAAGAAACAUGGUUCCUGAAGCCAAUGAGAUCUGAUCCUAGCCAAAAGGAUUCUAAUUUAUGGUGCGAAUACCAUGGGACAAACGAUUACCAGACUGGGGACUGUCGACAUCUGUGCAAAGAGGUGGAGACAUUGCAGAAAAAUGGCCAUCUCAGGGAAUUGUUGAGUGAUCGAACUAAAAUAAUUACGACCGCAAUCGCGAUAAAGCAGAGCCUUCGAAAGCAGGAGAGGAUCCUCCACAUUUGA